UGUCCAAACAGUGCUCAGUUCCAGGUUCCCCUGCCCACCGCCACUGGCCUCAACGCCCCUGCUGGCCAAAUCAUCAAGGGCGCUGCCGACGACAACGGCAAGCUCAAGGAUGCCGCUCUUCUGCUCGGCAUCAAGCUCGACCUCGAGGCCGAGGUCCACCUGACUGCCCGUGUCAAGGGUGAUGUCGUCGUUGGUCUUUACUAG